AUGGCCAUAACUGCUCCAAAGGUGGUCGUGAUGGUGAUGGUGGUGAGCUUAGCGGAGAUGGCGAUGGCGGUGGACGUGUGUGGUGUCAACAAGGACGGUCUCAAAGCGUGCAAGCCAUGGGUGAUGAAACCGUGCCCAACCGAGCUACCGCCCACCGCCUGUUGCGACGGGCUCUCGAAGGCGGACUUGGGUUGCUUUUGCAAGUAUAAACACUCCAUGUUGCUGUCCUCGCUUGGGAUUGAUCUUGAUCUUGCUCUUGGUUUGCCAGCCAAGUGCAGCCUUCCCAACACUCCCUCUUGCUCUUAA